GGGACUGAAUUUUCAGAUCUUCUCCUCUCAUCAUUGCUCCUGAGAUCCUGAAGAAUAACAAAAUCAAAACACAAAAUAUGACAGGGGUAAAGUCAUUGGUGAACACAGUUUAAUUGUCAGACACAUUUUUGCUGGGGUGAUAGGUGUGAUAUUUGUGAAAUGCUGCUGUGUUUCUGGUUGUUUUUCAGCAUCUGCUCUUCACUAGAUCUACUAGAUCAUCUGAGGGAUUUGACUAAAUCAAGAUGCUGCUGAUCAUUGUAACUUUUCUUCUCAUUGUAGCUGCUCUAGGACAGAGUUUGUCCGGUGUGAAACCACAAAUGGAAAAUAUCUUGACUUGACAUGAAUCGUCUGGCUGUGAGUGACUGACUUUUUUGAUCUUCUCUCUUGUCGUUGCAUCUGAACUCCUGAAAAAUGUAAAGAAAAAACAGAAUCUGACAAAAAGAGACAACAAUAUUCUCUGUUUUUCUACUAGAUAAUCUGAGGAACUUGAGCCUGAAUCGAGAUGCGGCUGAUCAUUGAAGCUCUUCUCAUUUUAGCUGCUCUAGAACAGGAUCACAGAGCUGCUGUUGAAUUUCCAUUGGAUAUGGCACUGAACUCUGUUGAUGACCAAUAUGAGGGUUGUAGAGAGAACAUGACAAACAAGGUGGAGACAGAUUAUCUACAGGAUGAACUCAAUAAGUCGUCUGUUUUUAAAGAGGCUUGGCAAGAAGGUGAAAAUAAAUCCAAAUCACCAGAAGUUAACUUGACAAGGAAUCAUUCAAUCGCCAUUUACGUGUACACUAACAGCGCUUAUGAUGUAUAUGGCAAAUUCAAUGAAGAUGUCCGUAGUAGUAAACAAGACUACGCAAACAAGUCAUUCAAAUGGUAUUCACUUCACUUUUUGUUAACAGAUGCUAUAAAGAUUCUGAAACUAAAACAAAAAGCAUGCUUUAAUGUAACAUAUCGAGGUACAAAUGUUACAUUUGUUAAAAAUGUUCUGAACAACGAGAUUCGUUUCGGCCAAUUUACAUCUUCUUCCCUUAAUCGUAAUGUAACAAAAGAUUUUGGAAAUACAUCUUGUUUUGAAAUCUACACUUGUGAAGGUGUCUACAUAGCAAAUUAUUCAAAGUAUCCUGAACAGGAAGAGGUGCUGAUUCCUCCAUAUGAGACAUUUAAAGUCACUGCUGUCAAAAACAGAACAGAUCAGCCUGAUCUCUGGUGUGACACUGUGUAUAUGGUGAAAAGCUCUGGAAAAAAAAGUUACCUGAACUGUGGAUUUUGUGACAGUAGAAGCCGUGAUGCUUUCUGUAAUGGUAUGAACUGUGCUUUGUGUAACAGUGGAAACUGUGUUGCUUUCCUUAAUAUUUUACUCAUUUUAACCUUAUUUUGCAAAGUGUUUACCUGCUAACUUAACUGGAUGAUUCUGCAUGUUUCUUGUUGUUUCUCAACCUUGAAUUGCCUGUCAUGCAAAGCAGAUAUUCAGGGGACAGUUUCAUACCAUUUCUCAGAGACUGAAGAAAAGAACUUGAAAAUUAAUUUAAUCUUUCCCAAUUUGUGUGAAUACCCUUGUUUUUUAAACAAACACAUUUUUGUGAAAGUU